ACUCCUCAUACACCACACCCCAAUCCACUCAAACAGAAGGGAAGCCCUUUCUAAGAAGAGUUGUUGUAGAAAUCUUGAGAUAAAGAGAAGAUGGUGGCAGGAAGUUUCAGUAUUGACAUGGAGUCUCCAGUGGAGGCAAAAAGGCUGUGGAAAGCAACUGUGGACUCCCACAACUUAUUGCCAAAGCAAGCACCAGGCCUCAUAUCAGACAUCACACUUGUUCAAGGUGAUGGAGGAGUUGGCACCAUUCGACACGUUAAGUUCACUCCAGCCAACAAGGAUUUCAGCUAUGUUAAAGAGAAAGUGGACUUAAUUGAUGAGGCCAACAUGGUUUAUGGUUACAGCCUCGUGGAAGGAGGAAUGUUGGGAGAAAAAGUGGCGUCAGUAAGCCACAAGGUUAAAUACGUCCCCAAAGCAGGAGGCGGAUCCAUUAGUACUUAUUCCUGCAACUAUGAUAGCCUCCCUGGUGUUCCCCAUGAUGAAGCCAAAAUUGAGGAGAUCAAGGCCAAUAGCACUGGUUUGUUCAAGCAGGUGGAGGAAUAUCUGGUUGCCAAUCCCACUUUAUACUGCUAGAAUCAUCGUGAUCCCCCUCUUUUUCUCCAUGGCAGUAGCGC